GCAGCGAAUCCCCCUGGUGUUCCUUCGAACUUCGUAGACUUACUUGGAAAAAAAUGGUUUCGUUCCUUCUUGAUCGUUCCUCAGGCCAGGCCGAAUACGGUAACGUUGCCCAUCAGAAGACGGGCAGACGGAGGCCUCGUCGGGGAGACUAUGAUUUCAGGCACACGUCCAAGGUAAUUACCUGACAUCGUCAGUGCGGAACCGUCUCUGGCUGCUGAAAGCCUCGCCCCCCGGCGGGUUUGGACGUACUCGCUGCGGGCAGGGGGAUCAGGGCGCUUCUUUCUUGCCUGUCGUCGUGCCCUCUUAUUCACCUCAUUUUUUCCUUUUUCAGAAGAGACGCAUCGUCCUGUUGAUCGGUAUAUGUCCGAACACGGUCACGCCACCGCUCGCACACAAGUUUGCGGCACGUUGGGAUCUCAGCGGGCCGGCGUGCGCGUGGAAGCAGCGGCUGCUCUGUGCAGGUCUACCUGAAAGUGGUUACCUGAAGGCGGGCGUCGCCGCUCUCCAACCAGAACCCCAUCCAACAUUGCCGUUGUGAGGCUCAGGUGUUGCUUGCCUGUCCACCUGUUCGAUUCACCACCACUCCGCGCUUCCUAAUAGCGCCAGGGAAGCACCGCCUUCGCUGACGUUCUCAAACCGACCCUCGCCGCGGACAAUCACCUCGCGCCGACGGCGCUGCGAAAUCCCUUCACAGCUUCUGAUCCCGUCCAGAGUUGCCUUUUUCCUGCUCGUGGCAACCUCCUCAUUCUAGGCUUAAAUCGGGCAUGUCCUUCUACAGGAAGAAUAUAAUUGGACGAUGUUUUGAUCAUGUUUUGAUACUUUUUGUAUACGUUUGGGGUAUUUGUUGUGUCGUCCAAAAUCCCCCUGUAGGGGGACACGCCCGACCUAACUCCAGGCGCCCGCUGACUAUUGCCACCCUGGAGCCCGACUACGACGAGGAGCUGCAGCGCUUCGUCCCAGUCGAGGAGCUGACGUCGUACCUGCUCCAGGAAACCCAGCUGGAAAAGAUGCCGUGCCUGUUCAAGCAGGCGCUCGCUACUCUGCAGGUCGCUGCCGCGAACGACGCCGGGCAGUCCAGCUGGGCAACGGACGCGGUGCCGAGCUACCGCCACGCGCCCCUCGAUCGCCACGUCUGGAUUCGCCCCAAGGUGCAGCCUUAUUGCGAAGAUGCGGCGUAUGGCAGCACUGUGCAGGCGACCUGCCCUGCAACGUGUGGCCUCUGCAGGGUGGCCAGCCCCAGCAGUUCCCAGGCGGCGAAGGUGCUGAUGGACAGGAGCUUCCAGGGUUCCCAGGUUGUGCUGAGGUGCAGCCUUAUUGCGAAGAUGCGCUUAUGCAGCACUGUGCAGGCGACCUGGUCCCUCAAAGGAGCGGCGCUGCAGGUGGCACAGCCCGCAGCAUCUCCAGGCGCCAAGGCGACGCCAAGGUGCUGA